AUGCCUAUGGCCAAAGAAGUUCAGAAGUUCCCCGACCAGGCUCUGUGGAGAGUUUAUAAAUGUUCUACUCAUGUGUUCAUGAGUAUCUAUGAUCUGGGUCGUCAUUGUGAAGUUCUGAAUGCUUUUGCUCAACAAGGCAUUGUCCCGUCCUUGGCCACUUGUGAAACCCCACAGCUGGCAGGAGGAAGGGGUGCAACAGGGGAUAUGGGGCAUCCAACAUCCCUGAGAAGCUCUCUGGGUUCUGAUGAGAUCUGUCAGCUUCGAUUUCCUCAGGAGCUGCUCACUAUAGAUUCCCAGAAAUCCUGGAUUGAAGGAGUUUUCAGCAAGAGGGAAUGUAACAAAAUCAUACCCAGCUCGAAAGACCCUCACAGGUGUACUACAGGAUGCCAGGUGUGUCAGAAUUUAAUCAGGUGUUACUGUGGACGAUUAAUUAGAGACCAUCCUGGGAUAGAUUAUGCCUGGACCAUCUCAGCCACUGACGGUACUGAAAAUGAACAAUGGUCUGUUGAAAAGCACACAACAAAAAGCCCUACAGAUACCUUUGGCACAAUUAACUUCCAAGAUGGAGAGCAUACCCACCACUCCAAGUAUAUUAGAACAUCUUAUGACACAAAGUUGGAUCAUCUGUUACAUUUAAUGUUGAAAGAGUGGAAGAUGGAACUGCCAAAGCUGGUGAUCUCUGUCCAUGGGGGCAUCCAAAACUUUAAGAUGCCCUCCAAACUUAAAGAGAUCUUCAGCCAAGGUUUGGUCAAAGCUGCAGAGACAACAGGAGCAUGGAUAAUAACUGAAGGCAUUAAUACUGGUGUGUCCAAACAUGUUGGAGAUGCCCUGAAAGCCCAUUCCUCCCAGUCCUUGAGAAAGAUCUGGACAGUUGGAAUCCCUCCUUGGGGUGUCAUUGAGAACCGGAAAGAUCUUACGGGAAGAGAUGUGGUGUGCCUGUACCAGACUCUGGGCAACCCCCUCAGCAAACUAACCACACUCAACUGCAUGCACUCCCACUUCAUCCUUUCUGAUGACGGCACCGUGGGCAAGUAUGGAAAUGAGAUGAAGCUCAGGCGCAACCUGGAAAAGUACCUCUCUCUGCAGAAAAUACACAGCCGCUCAAGACAAGGCGUGCCCGUGGUGGGACUGGUGGUGGAAGGUGGUCCCAACGUCAUCCUUUCAGUGUGGGAGACUGUGAAAGACAAAGACCCAGUGGUGGUGUGUGAGGGCACAGGCCGGGCCGCUGACCUCCUGGCCUUCACCCACAAGCAUUUAGCAGACGAGGGGACCCUGCGCCCUCAGGUGAAGGAGGAGAUCAUCUGCAUGAUUCAGAACACUUUCAACUUUAGUCUUAAACAGUCUAAGCACCUUUUCCAAAUUCUAAUGGAGUGUAUGGUGCACAGGGAUUCUAUUAUCAUAUUUGAUGCUGAUUCUGAGGAGUCACAGGACCUCGAUUUAGCAAUCCUAACAGCUCUGCUAAAGUGCACAAAUUUAUCAGCAUCAGAACAAUUAAAUCUGGCAAUGGCUUGGGACAGGAUGGACAUUGCCAAGAAACAUAUCCUAAUUCAUGGACAACAUUGGAAGCCUGGCUCACUGGAACAAGCAAUGUUAGAUGCUUUAGUGAUGGAUCGGGUGGAUUUUGUGAAGCUCUUAAUAGAAUAUGGAGUGAACCUCCAUCGCUUUCUUACCAUCUCCCGACUGGAAGAGCUCUAUAAUACAAAACAAGGACCAACUAAUAUGCUCUUGCAUCAUCUUGUCCGAGAUGUAAAACAGCAUACCCUUCUCCCAGUCUACAGAAUAACAUUGAUUGACAUUGGACUGGUAAUAGAAUACCUCAUUGGUGGAGCAUAUCGCAGUAGCUACACUAGGAAAAAAUUCAGAGCCCUGUACAACAACCUCUACAGAAAACAUAAGCAAGUGACCACUUUUGCUCAAAGCCUUUCCCAGCCGCCUCUUCACCGGAGACACCGCUCAGGAAAUAGAAAUGAAUCUACAGAAAGCACACUGCAUUCCCAGUUCAUUAGAACUGCCCAGCCUUACAAAGUCAAGGAAAAGUCUGUAGCCCUUCAUAAGUCAAAGAAGAAGUCAAAAGAAGAACAAAAUAUAUCGGAUGACUCUGAGUCUACUGGCUUUAUUUAUCCUUACAAUGACCUGCUGGUGUGGGCUGUGCUCAUGAAAAGGCAGAAGAUGGCCAUGUUCUUCUGGCAGCACGGAGAGGAGGCCACGGUCAAGGCAGUGAUUGCUUGUAUACUCUACCGAGCAAUGGCCCGCGAAGCCAAGGAGAGCAACAUGGUGGAUGAUGCCUCAGAAGAGCUGAAAAAUUACUCAAAACAGUUUGGCCAGCUUGCCCUGGACGUGUUGGAGAAGGCGUUCAAACAGAAUGAAAGAAUGGCCAUGAAGCUGUUGACCUAUGAACUCAAGAACUGGAGCAAUGCUACCUGUUUGAAACUGGCUGUUUCUGGAGGAUUGAGGCCCUUUGUUUCACAUACUUGUACCCAAAUGCUACUGACGGAUAUGUGGAUGGGGCGUCUGAAAAUGAGGAAAAAUUCUUGGUUAAAGAUCAUCAUCAGUAUUCUCUUACCACCCACCAUUUUGACAUUGGAAUUCAAAAGCAAAGCAGAGAUGUCGCAUGUUCCCCAGGCCCAGGACUUCCAAUUUACGUGGCAUAACGGUGACCAGAACGCCAGCACUACCAAAGAAAGCGCUUGUCCGAAAGACUGUGAUUUAGAAAGGGGUCCUGAUGAGAAACCAGAUGAAAAUCAGCACUUUGACUCAAAGAGUGGACCCCAAAGCCUGCCCUGGACCAGGCGAGUCUACGAGUUCUACAAUGCUCCAAUUGUCAAGUUUUGGUUUUAUACGAUGGUGUAUUUGGCCUUCCUCAUGCUGUUUACUUACACUGUGCUGGUUGAGAUGCAGCCCCAGCCCAGCGUGCAAGAGUGGCUUGUUAUCAUUUACAUCUUCACAAACGCCAUAGAGAAAGUCAGGGAGGUCUGUAUUUCAGAACCUGAAAAGUUUACUCAAAAGGUGAAGGUAUGGAUUAGUGAGUACUGGAACCUAAUGGAAACUGUGGCUAUUGGCCUGUUUUCAGUGGGUUUUGGCCUUAGGUGGGGCGACCCUCCUUUCUACACAGCGGGAAGACUAAUAUACUCCCUCGACAUCAUAUUCUGGUUCUCACGGCUCCUGGAUUUCUUUGCUGUGAAUCAACAUGCAGGUCCCUAUGUGACCAUGAUUGCAAAAAUGGCAGCAAACAUGUUCUACAUUGUGAUCAUCAUGGCCAUAGUCCUGCUGAGCUUUGGAGUUGCACGCAAGGCCAUCCUUUCGCCCAGGGAGCCUCCUUCUUGGAGCCUCGCUCGAGAUAUUGUAUUUGAGCCCUACUGGAUGAUUUAUGGAGAGGUCUAUGCUUCAGAUAUCGAUGUUUGCUCAAGCAACCCCUCCUGCCCUCCUGGUUCUUUUCUUACUCCAUUCCUGCAAGCCGUCUACCUCUUCGUGCAAUAUAUCAUCAUGGUGAACCUGCUGAUUGCUUUCUUCAAUAAUGUUUACAUAGAAAUGAAGUCCAUUUCGAAUAAUCUGUGGAAAUAUAAUCGCUAUCGCUACAUCAUGACCUACCACGAGAAGCCGUGGCUGCCCCCACCUUUUAUCCUGCUGAGUCACAUUGGUCUCCUGCUUCGGCGUCUUUGCCAUCACCAAGCUCCAAAUGACCAAGAAGAGGGUGAUGUUGGAUUAAAACUCUACCUGAGUAAGGAGGAUCUGAAAAAACUUCAUGAUUUUGAAGAACAGUGUGUGGAAAAAUACUUCCAUGAGAAGAUGGAAGGUCUGAAUUGUAGCUGUGAGGAACGUAUCCGAGUGACAUCAGAAAGGGUUACAGAGAUGUACUUCCAACUGAAAGAAAUGAAUGAAAAGGUAUCUUUCAUAAAGGACUCCUUACUGUCUUUGGAUAGCCAGGUUGGACACCUGCAGGACCUUUCUGCCCUGACAGUGGAUACCUUAAAAGUCCUUUCUGCUGUUGACACCUUACAAGAGGAUAAGGCUCUCCUGGCCAAGAGAGAACACUCGCCCUGCAGGAAACUUCCCCACAGCUGGAGCAAUGUCAUCUGUGCUGAAGUUCUGGGCAGCAUAGAGGUCUCUGGGAAGAAGAAAUAUCAGUGUUAUAGCAUGCCCCCUUCUUUGCUGCGCAGCCUGGCCAGAGGCUGGCAUCCCACACACAUGCAGAAAGGACCCUUUCUUGAAAUUACAGAAAGAGAGACUUCAAAUGUAAGAGAUUACCAGGAAAAGCAAGAAGCAGAAACUAGUAUAGCUGCUUCUGGGGUAUCCCUGAAUAGGCAAGCACCCCCAAAGUAUGGCCAAUUUCUCCUGGUCCCUUCUUUUCUAGAGCAAAUUCCUUAUUCUGUAGACACCAACUUGCCUGUGUCCAGACCAUCUGUGGAAGCACAUCCAGAUGUGCUGGUGACUGAACAUGUCACCGAGAGUGAGGUCCCUGUUCACCUGACGUGGCAGACCCCGAGUGUCUCGGCCCAGGGCUCAGUGUUGGAAACCAAGGAGCGGUAUGAGUCACCUACUCAGGUACCGGCCAGACAUGACAAGGGAGAGCAAAUGGUCUCCACUUUGACUUGCACACCUGCACCCAAGAGAGUGACUUCCCUCCCUUCACAAGUCGAGAACAUGCAAACUGGAGGUGGAUAUGUGAACUGGGCAUUUUCAGAGGGCGAUGAGACUGGUGUGUUUAGCGUCAAGAAACAAUGGCAAACCAGCUUGGCCGCCACUUGUAACAGUGACUCCAAUCGGAAUGAGCAAUGCCAGAGGCAGAUGCGGGGCAGAUCGCUAUCUGAUAACUCAACAAGACUGGCCCAGAGGGAUUGCUCAGAGACGGGACCAUGGCCUCAGCUGAACACAUCCUUUCAGAUCAGUCCUCCUCGUAGGAAGAAACCCUUCAUUAGGAGUCAGAGUUUGAGAUUGCACAGGGAGGAGAAAUCGAAGACCUGUAAGAUUAAAAAUCUUUCACAGUUCUCAGAGAUAGGUCGGUCAAAAUGGAUCAAAGCUAAGAUGCUAACCAAUGACAAGAAAUUGUCACUGAAAAAGAAGAAAACAGAAGGACUACAGGUGCCAGUCAUAACAGUCAACACCUGCCCUCAAAGUGAUCAGUUAAACUCAGAGCCAGGAGAAAAGAAGAUCUCAGGAGAACAGGAGUGUUGGAAAGACUGGAUCCCAGUGUCCAGAUUGAGUCAGAUAAGUCUAGAACCUUACAUAUAUCAGAAAUUGAAAACUCAAGACACUGAACGGCAUUCUGUGCAAGUCAGUGAUUAUUUAAGGCAGUCUCGAGAGGAUCUAAGCAAAAACUCUUUGUGGAAUUCCAGGAGCACCAAAGUCAGGAGGAACUCUCAGUUGAGAAGUUCAAAUGAAGUUGACAAAAUCUCUGCCUCCUUAAAAAGCCCUCAAGAGCCUCACCAUCAUUAUUCAGCCAUUGAAAGGAAUAAUUUAAUGAGGCUUUCUCAGACCAUACCAUUUACACCAGUCCAACUGUUUGCAGGAGAAGAAGUAACUGUCUACAGGCUGGAGGAGAGUUCCCCUUUGAACUUGGAUAAAAGCAUGUCUUCUUGGUCCCAGAGAGGGAGAUCUGCAAUGAUCCAGGUGUUGUCCCAAGAGGAGAUGGAUGGUGGCCUUCGCAAAGCCAUGAGAGUCAUUAGCACCUGGUCUGAGGGUGAUGUCCUCAAGCCGGGGCACGUUUUCAUUGUGAAGUCCUUUCUGCCUGAGGUUGUGCAGACAUGGCACAAAAUCUUCCAGGAGAGCACUGUGCUUCAUCUUUGCCUCAGGGAAAUUCAACAACAAAGAGCUGCUCAAAAACUGAUCUAUACCUUCAACCAAGUGAAACCACAAACCAUUCCCUACACUCCAAGGUUCCUGGAAGUUUUCUUAAUCUACUGUCAUUCAGCCAACCAGUGGUUGACUAUUGAGAAGUAUAUGACUGGGGAGUUCCGGAAGUACAACAACAACAACGGUGAUGAAAUUGCCCCCAGCAACACCUUGGAGGAGCUGAUGUUGGCUUUCUCUCACUGGACCUAUGAGUACACUCGGGGAGAGCUGCUGGUUUUAGAUUUGCAAGGUGUUGGAGAAAAUUUGACAGAUCCAUCUGUUAUAAAACCUGAAGACAAACAAUCAAGAGGAAUGGUGUUUGGACCAGCCAAUUUAGGGGAAGAUGCAAUUAGAAACUUCAUUGCAAAACAUCGUUGCAACUCCUGCUGCCGGAAGCUCAAACUCCCGGAUUUAAAAAGAAAUGACUAUUGCCCUGGAAGGAUAAAUUCUGCCUUUGGACUGGAAAUCAAAAUAGAACCAGCUGAGGAGACUGAGGAGACUCCAGGAGGGGAAGAGGGUAGUAAUCCUCCAGAAGACCUCACACGGUUGUAAAAAAAAAAAAAAGAAAAAAAAGAAAAAGAAAAGGGAGAAGUAAGAUGAUGACUGCCCUUGCCCUCCCUUCCCUGAACUCUGUUGUAACACAGAUGUAACGUUGAUUAUGUCAGAGUCUCUGCCAGUAUGGCCUCACCUGGAGGCCUCCUGGGAUGUGCCUGCUGAGCCUCAUGUCUCUCUUGCCUAGGGACUCAUGUAUGAUGAACAGGUUCUCCUAGACAUUGACCUGUGUGCAGGGUGCUUUGCAUGUGUUCAUCAGCCUCAAGGUGCACAGGAAGAUGCUCGGAAGAAUCAGCCAGGAGUUCUCUUCCUUCAUACCUCACUGUGUUAGCUGGUCAUUUAGAGAACCCUUGCAUCAGAGACACCAAAGAGCCAGGCAGAUACAUUUAAUUUAUUUUUCUCACUGCGUGUGCAGACUUUAACCUCCACUGCUAAUCAUCACCUCACCCACAGAUUGUGUAUAUAUAUAAACGCAAACAAAGUUUCCUGACCUCCUCCUCUCUCUUUCCAGCCACAUAGGGCUUUGAAUAGAGACGGAAAGGAGAACAGUGGUGUGAGGGUGUAUUUGCACUGACUGGAGCACGCUCCAGCGCAAACUAACCAGUAAAAAGUUAGCAUCCUGGUGAAAUUUAGAUGGUUGGAGGUAUUGUCAGUGAAUUAUAUGAUACCUGGGCCUGAAAGAGAGGAAAAGGGAAAUUUAAAACAAAUGCCCUUUC